AUGGGCCAAGGCAUCUCAGAUGCUUUGUUUGGGGACCCGCCGCAGCUAUGUGGCGUGCAGACGAGUGUGAGCGACGUCCUGAAUUCAAUGUGGGGGCACCUUGUCGGAAAACGUGAGGUGUGCAUUAUCAUGGUCGGACUCGACUCGGCUGGCAAGACUACGACUUUGUACCGGCUCAAGCUGGGCGUCCAGGUUCGAACGCUGCCCACCGUUGGCUUCAACGUGGAGAAGCUGGAGUACAAGAACAUCGUCUUCACCGUUUGGGACCUCGGCGGCCAGACAAGAACCCGUCAGAUCUGGCAGCACUACUACCAGAGCACAGAUGGUUUGAUCUUUGUCAUCGACAGCAGUGACAGAGAACGUAUUGAGGAAGCUCACGAGGAGCUGAUGCGAAUGCUCCAGCGAGAGGAGAUGAAGGAUGCCGUUUUGCUGGUCAUGGCGAACAAGCAAGACCUUCCCAACGCCAUGAGCACGCAGGAGUUGGUACAGAGGCUCGGCCUGCACGAGCUCGGCAAGUACCGAAGGAAGUGGCUAGUCCAGGAGACCUGUGCCACUGUGGGCGAGGGACUGCACGAGGGGCUGGACUGGCUUGCCCAGGCCAUCGCUGAGAGAGGCAGCGUGGCGGCUAGGGCGUGA